AUGAAAGUUAAUGCGUGGGUGUUGAGAAUAGAAAAGUUGUUCGAAGUUUUCCCUUGUACCAAAGCCCAAAAAGUGCAAAUUGCUACCUUCACUCUUGAAGACGAAGCACAGAGGUGGUGGAUGCUUACGAGAACUGUACAGCAAGGAUUAACACGGGACAGGUUCUUGGAACUGUUUUAUGACAAAUACUUUCCCCAAAGUACGCGAGACAAGAAGGUAACAGAAUUUGAAACUCUCAAACAAGGGAACAAGACCGUUGCAGAGUAUGAGGCCCAAUUUGCAGAGCUAGCCCAAUUUGCACCUCAUAUGGUGGAUCCGAAUUAUAAGAAAGCACAGAAAUUUGAGGGGGGACUACGAAAUGCUAUCCUUGACCGAGUGAACAUGUUGAGGUUACCCACCUAUGUUGAUGUGUUGAAGAGAGCUGUUAUAGCAGAGGGAAACAUCGCUGCUCAGAAUCGGAUUUCCGAGUGGAAAGGAAAGAGGCAGAAAAUUCAAUUGUCAAAGGGGUCAGCCACUCCACCAAAUAAGAAACAAAAUUCAGGGACCUCUAGUACUUUCACCCUUACUCAAGAUUCAACUCCUGUUUGUUCAGAAUAUGGAAAGAAGCACCAUGGGCUUGCUAUCAGUUGA